UAUGCUGGAACAGCUGUUUCUAAUUUACCUGGGCAAACACAAAGCGAUUGAACAAAUGCAAUUUCUGCUCGAAAUCUAAGUGAAAUGCAGGAAUUUUCGGCCAAGCGCGACGCAUUGUUCGCCUGCCUAGACGAUGCGAGCAAAGAGUUGCGAGGCACUGCCUUGGACCAGAGCAAGGCCAAGACGUUCUCCAUCAACGCUCUCGACCGCGGCAGCCAAUCCGGAAACGCAUCCGGGUCCGGACAGGUGAUGAACUAUCGGCACGGCCGUAGCAUUGAUGUUAGCCCCGAUUCGGAGGACGGAAGAUUGCGGCGGAUGCGGGGCAAGGAGAGCAUUUUCAAGAAGCCAGAACUACCCAUUGGUCGCUGUCUGAAGCCCAGGAAAACUCCAGAUUACCAGAUCAAUCCCCACAAAUGGAAGAAGUACUCCCUGUCCGAUGUGGACAUCUCCGAUCAGAGCAACUCCGCCGCCGCCCUUUCCUUUCUCCGCCAAAUGGAUGCCCAGCGCGAAGCUGAGGGAGAUGAGGGCGAAUCUCCUCAUCCAGAUGGCAAAAUAGAGUUCAAGAAGACCAGCAAACUCAACCGCAAUCUCAAGAAGCUUCAACAGCAGGAAGUGGAAGAUGUGGAGCUAGAUAAGCCGCAGUUAAGGGGCUCCAAACUGGUGAUGCCCGAAUACGUCAUUGGCCAAAAGUCCCAGAAACAAAAGAAAGCCAACAACAAAUCCAACCAGAACCGUGCCUCUGGAAAACUUCAACUUUCCCACUUGGCGGAGGAGGAUGAGCAGGUUGAGUAGGUCACAAUCUAUGGUCCUUAAAUUAUAAACUAAACAACUAGUGUAACCAUAAAGUUUUAAGAAUGUAAA